UUUGCUUUGAUUUUCAAGCGAAGUGAAUAACCGUAUGACUUUUCAACUUUCUAACUAUAAUUAAAUAGCUCGUAACUGAAGUUGUUUCAGUAUGUGGUGAAAUUUUUUUGCCGGCAAUCUCUAAAAUGGAACAAAGUAAUUUUGCAUAUGUAACAUUGGCAACUGAUGAUGAUUAUACUCGUGGAGCCUUGGUAUUGGCUCAUUCUCUUAAGCUUGUAGAAACCACACAUAAAUUAGUUGUACUAGUAACUGAUGGUGUAUCCGAGUCAUUUAGAGAUAACUUGAAUAAAGUAUAUGAUUUGGUUGAACAUGUUAAUGUCCUAGACAGCAGAGAUGAAGAAUCUUUAUUAUUGAUGGAACGUCCAGAGUUAGGUGUGACUUUCACAAAAUUGCACUGUUGGAAAUUAACCCAAUUCUCAAAAUGUGUAUUUCUAGAUGCUGAUACUCUGGUCUUAAAGAAUUGUGAUGAAUUGUUUGAAAGAGAAGAGCUUUCAGCAGUGCCAGACAUAGGAUGGCCGGAUUGUUUCAACUCUGGUGUUUUUGUUUUCAAACCUUCAAAAGAAACGUAUAAAAAAUUGCUAGAUAUGGCUGUCCAACAGGGUAGUUUUGAUGGUGGAGAUCAAGGGUUAUUGAAUAUGUUCUUCAGUGACUGGUCAACAAAAGAUAUUUCUCGACAUUUAUCUUUUAUUUAUAACAUGAAUACAAGCACUUGCUAUACCUAUUUGCCUGCAUAUAAGCAGUUCGGGCAAAAUGUUAAGAUAGUACAUUUUCUGGGUAACAAGAAGCCUUGGAUGUAUAGCUAUAAUAAAGAAUUGAAAACUGUUGCUCCAGCUGAAGAUUGGAAUCAUUCUCAUGAACAUUUAAAGUAUUGGUGGACAAUAUACACUGAGCAUGUUCUUGAUGAAAUUCAAAAUACUGGAAUUGCUGAAAGCUUCUCAGAAAUGUCUAUAUCAUCUCCUAAAACUGCUGAAGUGCCACUGCGUAGUCCAUUAUUGGAGAGAAGUUUGUCAGAUGAAGCCUCUAGAUUAUAUGCCUGGGAACAUGGGCAAAUAGACUAUAUGGGGAGAGAUUCAUUUGAAAAUAUACAGAAAAAAAUAGAUGAAGUAAUAAAUAAUAAAGAAAAAUAAAUAUAUUGUACUGCUGUCUGUGACAGUAUUUUUUUUUUUUUUUUUUUUUUUUUUUUUUUACAUUCGGUAAAAUUUGCCUGAAUUGAAUGAAUUUUUGUUUAAAAUCACUUAGGUCAAUGAAUAUAUAUAUAUAUUUUAAUAUGCUUUUAAAACCCACUUUUGCAGGCUAAAGAGUCUUGGUAAAAACAGAUUUUGUAAAAUUUUGCGUGGAAGAAUAGUGAUUUUUAAUUAAGUUAAAUUAUUGCAAGCACUUCAUUUGUUUUGAACAUUCAUUAAUACAUUCUAUGCAACGAUAAAAUAACUUGAAAAUAUAUGUUUGUAAAAAAUCUCAUUUCAGGUCUUAACUAUUGAAUUAUUAAAAUAUAAAAAAAUACAUAUUAAAUUUUCCCAUUGAAGAUCAUAAAUUGUCAAACUUGAAAUCCUUUUACUGAGAUUGUGCUAGAAAGAUUAGUUUAGAAAAUAAAAAGAUGCAAGUCUUUUUAAUAGAUAUUAUAUUGACAUAUGCUGUCUGUUUGUUGCUGUCUAGCAAAGACUUUCAGAAUUUGAAUUAUUCAGUGCUUCAGUAUUUCAGUUUCUCUUUAGUUAAGAUAUAUUUUUAACUUUUGGAUGAAAAAAUGAGUUUUGCUCAUUAGAUUCAAAGUGUCAAUUUCUAGAUUCAAAUUGCUUUUCAAGCCUUUAAUUUAUCUAGUAGGAUUUCAUUAGUAAUUUAAGUUUUUCCCCCCUUUCAAAUGGAUGUUUGAAUUUGAAAUCCUUUUAAUCUUCUAUAUUGCAUGAUAUAUAUGGUCAAUUAUAUUUAUAUCUUAUUUUGUUAAAUACUUAUAUCUUUGACAAUUUAAAACUCUUGUCAUAAAGGGAUUAAAAAAAGCAAAAUAGAAUAAAGUAAUAAAUUUCUUUUAGAACACUGAAGAAGCUGUUUUAAUUGUUGCUAUUCUGAGUUAGAUUUGGAAUUUGAAAUUUAAUUGAAUAAUAAAACAAUGUACCAGUAGUAAUUUCAAAAAUAUGCAAUUUAUGUAAAUAUAGGAAGCUGAAUUCAUAUGGAAGAUAGUUUUAUUAAAUUUAUAUUAUUCAGUAUAUAAAUUAUUUUUCUCUAGAAUUUACUUUGCUCUCUGUGUUUUAAUUCAUAAAUAUUUAAAAUGUAUUAAUUUAGUAUAAACCAAACAUUUCUGUAUUGCAAGUAUGAAAUGUGUCUGCUAUUUAUUAUAUUCAUCAUAAAACUUACCAUUCCUGUAUUUUCCAGAAUGCUCUUAUAAUGUGUAAAAUCAUUCAUCACAGGUGCUUUUUAUUUUUUGUAUAUUGCAUAAUGUUGUGUUUUAUUAUGUAACAGUAUUUUUCUGUGUUUAUCUGUAACUUAGAAAAGGCUUUAUCAUGACUCUCUUUUUAGGCUGUUCUGAAUUUAUACUGCUUUUCUGUAUAGCAAAUGAGAAGAGCUACCUCUGUUUAUUAUUUAUAUUAUAUAUGUACAUAUGGCCAUAAAUACAGUAUGUUAUUUAUGGCCAUAUGUAUUUCUAUAUGCAUACAUUUACUUUAAUAUAAGGCUAUAAUUAACAUUUUAUGUUAUUAAUAAACAUAUUUAGGAGUAUGAACAUAUAUGUAUGUGUGUGUACAUAAUCACUGUGGUUGCUUUUUGAGCAAAAUAGUUAUUCAUUGCUAACCCAUUAUAAAACAGCUGCUGUUAUGCAUUGAAUUGUAAAUGCAUCUAAGUAUUUUCAAAGAUAAUGUUUGUAUUUCAAUAAUAGUUAACAUUCUUUAUCCCUUGUGAAGUUUGUAUUGUGUUUUCAUCUUCAGGAAAUGAAUUCCUUGCUCCUAAUCAGAAACAUCUUCAGGAGAAUCUUUGCAAGUUUUUGAACUUUUGUAUUACACUUCCAUGCUGUUAUCCUCCACACGGCUUGGCAAGUGUUAGCAUAGUGUGAACCAUAAAAUCUGUAUCUUUGAUAUGGUAUGGCAAAUAGUCAGUUUUCCAAGUUUUGCCAUUUGACAUCAGAUAUUUUUUAUCUUUCAAAUUAUAAAUGUGUGGAGAAAAGCAAUAAAUGUACUUUUUAGUAAUUUAAAUCUUAAUUUUUAAAAUAUAUAUUAACUUAUAUGUCAAUUGUGUUUUAAAAAGUGUUUCUAUAAAUUAAGGGAAAGCUACCCUUUUUCUUUUAAAAUGCUACAAUAUUGCACAAGUGUUUUUUCCAUUGGUUAUUUUAACUUUUUUACUUUAUAUUCCUUUAUUUCAAUGCUUUUAGAGAGACUUUUUAUCUGUUAUUAUUUAUGUUAAAAAUCGAAAAUCAGUUGAACUAAACACAAAUGUGUAAUUUCAGUUCAUAAAAGUAUUUUUUUUUAAUUUUAAUUUCUGUAAUGAAAAUUUAUUUAAAAUUUAUGCGUCCUUUAAAGUAUUUAAGCUCUUAAUAACAAGAAAAAAUAUUUAUAUUCAACAUUUCAAAAUCAUAAAUAUUGCCCUGUAAACAUUAGCAAAACUCCCAUCCUAUUCACAAAUGUUUCAUUUUUGUACUUUGUAACCUUUUCAGCUGUUAGAUCAUGAAAUUUUAUUUGUGCAAUAGCAUGUGCAUUGUAUGAUUUGAGUUUUGUAAGGUCCUCGAGAACAAGCAUCUUGCGCAUGAAGCAACCAACAUACAUAUAUAUAUACUGUAUUUUCUGGUAUAUAACGCACAUCUAUAAUUUCAAACUACAUUUUUUAAUUUUUAGGUAUAUUUGUGGUAUAAUGUACAUCCAAUUUUUCACGAACAAUCCUAAAAGAUACAUGUACAAUGCUCUAACCUUUUGAGGUCACUUAUUCGAAUAGUGGCAAACCGCACUCGCAAGCGAUAAGGGGAAGAAUAUGUGUGUGGGUUAAAUGCUCGAGAGAAUAAAUAUUCUGGCAAAGAGGAUGGAUUAUAUUCAAUGCAGCUAUCCAAAAGAAUGCUGUUGUAGAGCAUUUCCAACCUGAAUGAAUUUGUGGAAUUAGGUGUUAGAUGUUUUCUCUUUCUGUAGUCUUUUGAAGUGAAAAUCAAAGGCUUUAGUAAAUUGCAUUUGUGAUUAAGCAUUUGAAAUACAGUUGAUCUAGUUCUCCUUCAAGUAGUAAAUAUGGCUCCCGUGAAAUGAAACACAUUGUUGGUUUCAAAUGGAAAGCCAUUCAUUUUGCAAAAGAAAAUAGAAAUUGUGCUGCAGCAAAGGUAUGUCUUUUUUUUUCUUUUUAAAUAAGCGGCAUUUUGGUGCAAUCAUUUUUAUAUACGGCGUAUAAUGCACACGUAUAAAUUUAGGUGCUAUUUUUUUGUAUUAAAAGUGUGCGUUAUACCCUGAAUAUGUGGUAUGUAAUGAAACUGGAGUCAAAUUUUUUUUUUUUUUUUUAGUUAUACAAUAUAUAUUAAAUUUUUAACUGUUCCUUUAUAGUAAACACUUCUCUUACUGCCUUUCUUGGUUGCUUUCCAGAAUUUUAAAAUAAAUUGUUGAAGGUGUUUUGUUUUUACACGAGGGCUAUCCAGAAAGUAGAUUACGUUUUGGAAUAAAAAAAUAAACAAAGUAUAGUAAACAAAUUUUAUUAUAUACAGAUG